AAAAAAACGUCUCCGUGUUUCAUUUUUCAGGGACUUAUCAGACUGCCUAGUAGCUUUCAAUCAGCAAAAUUAUGUCACAAAAGAGCUACAAGGAACAUCUCAUCUUAAACCUGAGACGUCACUUUGAAGUUAAAUUCUUGUAAAUUGUCAACCCGUCUUUGAUCAGUCAUCACACUUCUCCAACAAUGCGAAAACACUCGAAAGGUGAUCCAGAGAAGUACUAAAAGAGAAUGGCAAGCGGAUCUAACAGCACAGUCGCAGCAAACGACCUCAGUGACAGUUCAGAUUGGUCGUCUUCAGAAGAACGGCCUCUAAAGGAGCGCAAGGUGAAAACCUCUCCACCAGCACCAGUAUCCAUCCCCAAACUGCUCAAAGACAAGACAGGUGAUGGGGGAAAGGGUAAGAAGAAACGAAAAAGCGUGGUCACUGUGUGCCUGACACACUGCAGAUAUGACGUAAUAAGGCGGGUAGCUCAAAGAUUUGGAUAUAAAGAAGUUAGCGAAGGUGAAAAUUGGAAUAUGUACUGGACAGACCUGUCUAUCACAGUGGACAGAUGUAAAGAUAUGAAGAGGUAUCAGAAAAUAAACCAUUUCCCAGGGAUGCUAGAAAUCUGUCGAAAGGACCUUUUAGCCCGCAAUCUAAACAGAAUGCUGCGCCUCUUCCCCAGAGACUACAACUUCUUCCCCAAGACCUGGUGCUUGCCCGCUGAUCUGGGUGAAGCAAUAACCUACAGCCGUUUAAGAAAAAACAAAACAUUCAUCUUGAAACCUGACGCCGGAUCACAAGGUCGAGGGAUUGUGAUCACAAAAUCGCUGAAGGACGUCCGGCCUUGUGACAGAGGCAUCUGCCAAGUGUACAUCGGCAAACCGUUCCUCAUAGAUGGAUUUAAGUUCGACUUAAGAGUGUACACGUUGAUCACCAGUUGUGAUCCCAUAAGGAUAUAUAUUUAUAAUGAAGGUUUAGUCAGAUUCGCUACCAGCAGAUACAAAGAACCCAAUGGAAUAAAUAUAACAAAUGUCUUUAUGCAUUUGACCAACUACGCGGUCAACAAACACAGCAGAACCUACAACCAAGACACUGAAGGUGGCAGCAAGCGAAAGCUCACAUGGUUCAACACGUAUUUGAAGAGUCUGAAACAUGAUGUUGAAGCCAUAUGGUAUCGCAUCGAUGACGUCAUCAUCAAGACUAUCAUCAGUGCCUAUCCAGUUUUGAAACACAGUUAUGCUGCUUGCUUUCCUAACCAUGAUGUUCUUCCUGCUUGCUGUGAGCUGCUGGGCAUUGAUAUCUUGUUAGACAAGAGACUGAAUCCCCAAGUUCUCGAAGUGAAUCAUUCGCCUAGUUUUCAUACAGAUACCGAGCUAGAUUGUGAAGUCAAAGAAUCCCUCUUAACAGAUAUGUUUGCAAUGAUGAAUCUGGAGCUCUGUGACAAAAGAAGGAUAAUGCGUGAAGACAGAAGAAGAGUACGUGAAAGGUUAUUAAAUGGCGUCAACAUCAAGGACUCCAACACCCACGAAAUGAAAUGCUUCACAGACUACUUCAAAGCCGAGAUGGUGAAUAAAGGCGGCUUCCGAUUGGUGUAUCCCUCGCCCCACACGGAACACAACUACACGAAGUUUUUCGAGCAAGGUCAGAACUCUCUGUACAGCGAUACUGCUUCAAGCAGAGCAAGAGAAGCUGCCCAGAAUGCGCUAAGGGAUGAGAUGCAGCUGAAAGCAAAGCUAGAAGCAGCUAAGAGGGUGACGGCCAAGGCUAGAGUCCCCCAAGAAACUCCCUGUACUCCUUCUAGGUCCACAUCCAGAGCAUCUUCAGUUCCAUUGAGUGUUCGUAGUGAUUAUAGUAGUUCGUUCGAUCCACAAGUUAUUGUAGAAGUAGAAGAAAAAGAACGCUUAGAGAAACUGGCUCAGAGAGACUACUUAGUACGAAGCCAAGGCAUCCUUGAGCUGCUGUACUUUUCUAUGAAAAAGAACAACGUCUUGAGGCCACACGAUGAACGGAAAUACGCUAUCUUCGAGAAGAUCCGGCACGCUAGUGAGGUAAAUCUGCAUUUAUAGACAACAUAUCAUCUCCAGUGCUACGCAGUAAAGUCUAUAAGUAUUAUCUCCUUUUAGAUAUAUAAGCCUUUGAAUACCCAUUCCGCAACAGACGAGUAGGUGGCCUAUCAUCUGGAGAUUGAUUACAUUACCUGGCCCUACCUUCUAUCUACCUUACAAAGAUUAUAUAUUAUAUAUUAUAUAAACAUCAUGGUAGUCAUUAUUGAAAUGGGUAAUCGGGGGGUCAAAACAAGUCAAAAAGUUCAUAUGACCCAUGGUCCAAAAGUCAAUAGAUUUUUGUCUAAAU